CAAUGACUGGUGAUAAGAGGAUAAAGCUUUCAGUCUGUGUGUCACUGAGGUUCUGCUAAUCUUGCUCUGACUUCCACCGUGCUGUUUGUUUCAGCAGGUCAGUGUGCACACCGAGGAGACCGAGGAGGAGACGGAGGACAGGAAGCUCUGCUGCAGGCUGGUUGGAGACAGAGGACAGGAAGCUCUGCUGCAGGCCGGUUGGAGACGGAGGACAGGAAGCUCUGCUGCAGACCGAGUAGGAGACUGAGGACAGGGAGCUCUGCUGCAGGCCGGUUGGGAAGUUUCUGGAAGAUGGCAGCGAUGUACCGAUCAACCUCUCUGGAAAACAAGGAGUUAAUGGCUCUGUAUGAAGAGGAGGGAGACCACUACUCUGUUAUAGAUGAGGACUGCACCAGUGAGGAGUAUGACCUGGGUUCAGAGGGCAGCGAGGAGGGAAAAGGCUGCAGAAGCGUCCGCAGGUCUCUGUCUCUGGAGAUCUACGGCCUGCAGAGGGAGCAGCACGUCUACUUCUCCAACCAGGAGUACUACCUGAGGCUGGAGGAGCUGAAGAGCGCUCACCUGAGGAACAUGGCCGAGCUGGAGAGGAUGUACAUCAGCCAGGCGGGAGAGAGAGAGAGGCACAGGGAGGAGGAAGAUGAGGGAGGUCUGGGAGGAAGACUGAACAGAGAGGACCGGCUGUCCAUCAGUAGUGGCCCUGCCAGGAAACUCCAGAGGAUCAACUCCCAGGAGGAGCUGGACUUCCACGACACAUCGAGCGGUUCGGACCAAUGGGAACUCUUUGGAGCGGACAGCGUGGGGGAACUAGAGCUGGACAAUCCGAGGAGGACUCCCGGACAGGACCGAACCUUUGGGAGAGACUUCCUGCUGAUCUCAGAAGAAACGACGACCCAGAAGCAGUUUCAGUUCCAACCCAAGGCCUCCUGUCCGAAACCACAGGGAAGAUGGUCCUGUCAAACUGGGGUCAGGGUGAGGUCAAACUUCAAGGUCACCGUGCCCAAACCCUUCCAGAUGAUGCUGAGGGAGGAGGAGAGGAAGAGGCACAAGGUGCGGACUCGCUCGGAGAUCGAGCUGGAGAACACGCUGCUGAGACGGGAGCUGGAGGAGCUCCAAGAAUGCCAGAAAAAGUUCCGGGCGUUGCCGGCGCCGGCGCACAUACAUCUACCUCUCUACGAAAUCAUCAGCCGGCGCCCUGGUCAGCGGUCCAACAGGAGCAGAAGUAGCAGCAACAACAACAACAACAACAACAACAACAACAACAACAACAACCGGGCCACCAGAAGUAACCAGACCUCUGCUGCUGCUGCUGCUCCACCACAGCCUUUCCACUUCCUGGAGAGAGAGAGGAGGAAGAGGGAGGCGAAGAUUGUGGCAGAGCUGGGGAACCUGGGACCCAAAGAGGAACGACCGGCAUUCAAGGCUCGGCCCAUGCCCAGCUCGGUGUACGGAACCAAACACAGAGAAAACACCACGAGGCGCCAGUUUCUAAGCAUGUGCAGGCUGGAGAGGGAAGCCACGGAGGGCCAGAGUGAUCCAAACUCAGACCUGGAGCCGGACACCUCCACUGACUCCCGUGGGCCCCGGAGACGUCCGUCCUCCAAGCCGGUGAAGAAGCAGAUAGAGCUGUCCAUUGAGAUGGUGAAGGAGAGGGAGUGGUGCCACACUGACGCCUGCACCUACUGACCUCUGCAGCCAGGUGGCGCCGAGCCUCUGCUCUCUGACAACAGUGACUGCAUCAGUGUGUUAGAGGUCAUAAAUCAAAGAAAACCAGUAGCUCCAUCUAAACUGCUUUUUGUUGGUUAGUUUAAUUCAGAAACUGAAUUUAUUGUAUGUGUUGUUUUAAUAAUACAUUUGUUAUUUCUGAAGCUCUGAAACAGAACAAAACCUUUUCCCUUAAAGGGCCAAAACUGGAAUUCAGUGGUGGGCCACGGGACAGAAGUAAACACCUACUAGGUACUAGGAUCUCAAGUUCCUCUAAGUAUUUUACCUUUUACAUACCCAUAGUAUAGCUUAAAACCCACAUGCUGAAUACAAUUAGGCUCAUUUCCAGUCAUGCACAAUUUUUGCAUUUCCAAGACUGUUUAGGAUCUGCAGCAUGCAGAAAUAUUCAAAUACACCAUUAUUAGAAUAGGAGACAAUAACACAUUUAUACUAC